GAUCUCUCUUCCUCCUACAUGACAGUAGGCUUAUCAUGUGACAGGGGGGCGCUGUGCUCACGUGACUCCACCACCCCGGUAGCCGCUGUAGUGACGUCAGCCAUCCUCCUGCUGCUCCCGAACGGAGACCGAUCGCUCCUUCCCCGCCGCCAUCAUCCUCAUCAUGACGUCCUUCUCCGAGCUCUACUUCAAUGUGGACAGCGGUUACUUGGAAGGACUGGUCCGCGGGUUUAAGGCCGGGAUCCUGAGCCAGGGAGAUUACUUGAACCUGGUGCAGUGUGAGACCCUGGAGGAUCUCAAGCUACAUCUUCAGAGUACAGACUAUGGGACGUUCCUGUCUAAUGAAGCCUCGCCACUUGCCGUUUCUGUCAUUGACGACAAGCUCAAGGAAAAGAUGGUGGUAGAGUUCAGGCACAUGAGAAAUCAGUCGUACGAGCCUCUCGCCAGUUUCCUAGAUUUCAUCACGUACAGCUAUAUGAUUGACAAUGUGAUCCUGCUGAUUACCGGGACCUUGCAUCAGCGUUCAAUUUCUGAGCUUGUGCCCAAGUGCCACCCCUUGGGCAGCUUUGAACAGAUGGAAGCUGUAAACAUAGCCCAGACACCUGCAGAGCUAUACAAUGCCAUACUCGUUGACACUCCUUUAGCUGCAUUCUUUCAGGAUUGCAUAUCAGAGCAAGAUCUGGAUGAAAUGAACAUUGAAAUAAUCAGGAACACACUUUACAAGGCUUACUUGGAGUCUUUCUACAAAUUCUGUAAAAGCCUCGGAGGCACAACCGCAGAUGCCAUGUGUCCCAUUCUUGAGUUUGAAGCUGACCGCCGGGCGUUUAUAAUUACAAUUAAUUCAUUUGGCACUGAGCUCUCAAAAGAAGACCGUGCCAAGCUGUUCCCACACUGCGGUAAAUUGUACCCUGAAGGAUUGGCCCAGUUGGCCAGAGCUGAUGACUAUGAGCAGGUCAAAACAGUAGCGGACUAUUACCCGGAGUAUAAACUGCUGUUUGAAGGCGCAGGAAACAAUCCCGGAGAUAAAACCCUGGAAGACCGAUUCUUCGAACACGAGGUGAAGUUGAAUAAAUUGGCCUUUUUGAACCAGUUCCACUUUGGUGUGUUUUAUGCAUUUGUGAAGCUAAAGGAGCAGGAAUGCCGGAACAUUGUGUGGAUCGCAGAGUGCAUCGCCCAGAGACACCGAGCCAAGAUUGAUAACUACAUUCCUAUCUUCUAAAAAGAAAAAAGAAGACAUUUCCAGAGCCCCACGUCCCCCACUGGUCCCUCUGCAGAUACUUCCUCUGCCAUAUUGUCUGAUCCAGACCACGGGGAGGGUGUGACAUCAGAUUUUAAGAUUCCGCAAAAUUUAUUUAACUGAUCAGCAACCGGUUUUGCCAUGUGUAUGGCAGGUAACUACUGGCGGUUUUACUUAAUUUCUGAACGGGCCAGCAAGGCCCGCCUUCCCCCUGGCUGUGACAGAGUUAAAGAUCAGUGUAACCCUUCGAAAUUCUCUUUAUGAAUAGCUGUAAAUGUGAGUGUGUGUUCCAAGACGCUACGAGUGCUGUACCCAUGUCCGGAUUGACUUCUAUCUGACUUUCCAUUGUCGUUCACCACUAGACUUGGUGCGUUGCGAUUCUUAAGAUAGUUCGGUCUCUGCUCCUAUGUCAGCACAUCACUUACUAGAAGGGGGGGGGGAGCGGAGCUCGAUGUACACACUGGAUCUCAAGCAUGGCAGGGUAUGACGUAAUAGCAUUAUAAAGAAUCAUGAAGAGGAUGCGGACUGGUCACUGCAGCAUGUUAAUUGUAGUCCUCUUAGGCUAGGACUAUGUGUGUAGUAUAGUAUUAUGUUGUACCUCUAUCACUGUAUCUGAUUAGAUGUUUACACGAAUAAAAAUGUCACUCUCCACCAGCUACCCGAACCGUGACCGCGAAAAAUAAUACAUGAAAACCGCUUCAGUAAAUACAAAAGUGCAUAAAGCCCACCACUAACCUGUACGUCCUGUUAAUAUGGGGACCUGUUUGGCAUACAUGUUAUUUGUAGUAAGUAGUUUUUGUAGUUGUCGGCACCUCCCCUUGUUGUAUUGAGCUUUUCCACCAUCAUGUUUGGCUUUCAAGAGGUUCUCCGCUAUUGCUUCUUCCUCUGUACAUAAUGGGCCUUCAGUGCAUACGUCAGAUGAUAGAGAUGCCCAUUCCUGCAAAAUAAUGGCCAGGGGAUUGGUUUUGUGGCUAUGGUGUCAUACCAGGUUUGAGUUACCAUUUUGGUGUGUGCAUUAACUUUGUCACAACAAGCCCUUGCACGCAUCCUACAUCUCUGUCCACCUAUGGCCAGACACAGGCGAGAAAGUCCAAUGCGAGAAACUCGCAACGUGUGUCAGUCCUCUGCUCCUCGGAUGUGUGUCUCUGCGAGACCUGGAAUCUACUGAAUUACACUGACUGCAUUAUUUCAGUGUAGAUUCCAGGUCUCGCAGGGACACAUAUGCUGUCAGAGGAGCAGAGUUAAGAAUGGGAACUCGCACUGCCGCACGCAGCAAGUUUCCCACAUUGAACUUGCUCGUCUGUGGCCUAUGACCUAAAUCAUUCCAUUUAUUUCUGUCAUGAAUGACAAGACGGGACACUUCAGCGGGACCUAGCACCCAUGUCUAAGGGCUGUGCUCCCACCUCCAGAAAUACAACUCACCCUCACCACAAUGUGUAGACCGCCUGCGCUCAGCCUCUCCAAGUCAUUUUCCCCUCAUACCAUGGUUUUCUGCUCACCAUUCGAACCUAACGCCAACUUUGUCUCCAUUGAGUGGUAGGGACUUGCACACCUCCUUCCACUACAACUUUUUCCUAUGUUCCACUCCUUGCAUUUGGAAGGCUAUUUCUUUUAAGAGGUGGGCCUAUCUCAGACAUUGAUGCCAUAUUGCUAGGAUAUGCCAUCAAUGUCUGAUAGUAGUAGGUCCCAGAGGUGAGACCUGCACUUAUCUCCAGAAUGAAGUGAAGGAAAUCACACCCCACUCAGGUGCUUUUGUAAGUCCCAUAGCAGUGAAUGGACAGAACACUGCGCAAGCUCAAUAUCAUCUGUCCAUUCACCUCUGUGGGACUGCUUGAAAUAGCCCAGCCGGUGGUUAGGUAGUUUUGAGACUCCCUUAGAGGUGAACAGAGAGUGGCCACACAUGUGCAGCUUCCUAGCGCACUUUACCGACUUGACGAUGGCAAAUCCCAGCGAUAUACCAUCAAUGUCUGAGAUGGUCCAACCCCUUUAAAUCUCAAUGAAUGAUUUAUUUUUUAUUUUAUUUUCAGGUCCAAAUUGGCAAUCCAAUUCAUUUAGGGUUCUAAUAAAUUUGACCCAAAUCGAAAGUGCUCUGAUUGGAAAAGCCUCUCAUUCUCUCUCUUAAUCUCGAUUCUCCCACAUUGAAUCACCCCAAAUUCGGGUUUGUUACAAUCAGCAUUUUUUGUAAAAAUAAAAUAAAAAAUCAGGCCAAAUUUUAGAAUCAAUUUGCUUUAUUUAUUUAUUUUUACAUUUUUUCCUGGCACUGGCCUCCUGAUUUUAAAUACUGGCUUGGGAAGUCCAAUACUGGUCAGGUACAGUAACCAAACUAUAUCGAACAGAAAGUUCUCAAUUUUCCAGAUGAGGGUAAGGAUGUAUCUGUAGAAAACUAAUUUAUUUUAGCUGCUCUUAUUCUAUGUGAAAUAAUGAAGACUCUCUCAGAAUAUAGAAAUGUGAUCAUUGCCUCUGGCCUGGUUGGGAGAGACUGUGCACUUAUCUACACUAUCUCCAAUUUCCCAACAUAAGACAGAAUCAUUGUCUAGUUGAAGGAUCAUGUUCAGACCAUGGCACUGAAGGACCACUGGGCCUCUGAUGCUAUUAGAGGGUGGCAUGUGCAAUACAUUUUAAUAGGCAUUCUACAAAAAAUCUGUGUUUACUGUAGUUGAUUUAUCCUUAGAAAUUCUACUGUUUUGAUACCUUGACUCAGUGCAACUUGCUUUCUUAAGGGAUUUUCUGGGAGUUCAAUAUUGAUGGUCUCUCUAUCUUCAAGAUAGGUCAUCUGCAUCUAAUCGGUCCAGCUCCUGGUACCCUCCCAGAUCAGCUGCAUGCUGCAGUUUCCUCACAGCAUACCAAGCACAGCACCAUACAUUGUAUAUUGGCUAUGCCUAUUCUUUUGAAUGGGACUAAGAUGCACCUAGGCCAUGGUGAACGUGACGUCACUGGCCUAGGAAGAGACUGCAGCGUUCAGUGGAGCAUCGUGACCUCAUCAAACAGCUGAUCGGUGGGGGUGCCAGGAGUCAGACCCCCGCUGAUCAGAUACUGGUGACCUACCCUGAGGAUAGGCCAACAAUAUUGAACUCACAAAUCCCCUUUAAAGCCUCAAUCCUUGGCAAAGAGCAUUCCUGUUUUUUAUGACCGUACACAGGUACACUCAUAAAAAAAGGAACACUUCAGUUCACGUGCUUCCUGCACAGUGUCUGAUUUACCAUCGUCAUCAGGGCCUGCUUUAUUGAGUGGUGGCUCCAUCCAGUUUCUUCGUUUCAUUGCCCAUCUGGUGUUAUUUUUCAUGAAGUCCUUUUCUUGAACUCUAUUGUGCAGGCGUGCCGUGAUAACUCAUUUGGCCUUCCUAUUUCUGUGCUGGACGCCUCAAGAGUGACAUUUUUAGACUCCAGUGUUAAGGAGUAGAUCUUUCCAAGGAUCUGUUGUCUGAUUUCCUCUUCCUGCUUAAUGAAGAUGUUUUACAAUUCCCUUUGUUUCAGUGAAUGGAAGCUCUUUAACCUGACAUAAAUAUAUAAAUGAUGAUAUAUGUAUAUGGUAAUAAAGUGUUGACCUUGA